UACACCAAUCUCUACGUCAAAGGUGGCUCAGUGUGUUUCUGUUUCGUCCCAUAAUCCUCUCUCCCUUAUUCUCUCCCUAUCUCGUUGCGCUGCUCUAUUUACUUACAAACACUCACACACACAUUAUCACAGAAAGCUUCUCGAGUCCCAACCUCCUCUCUUCCAUCUCAGCCUCAGCUCCAUACACAUCAUCCAGGAUGGAUGUACUAAUGAAGGGAUUUUCCAUGGCCAAAGAGGGAAUGGUUGCUGCUGCAGAAAAGACCAAAGCUGGCGUUGAAGAGGCGGCUCUCAAGACCAAAGAAGGUGUCAUGUAUGUAGGUAAUAAGACAAAGGAGGGAGUUGUAUCAGGUGUCAGCACAGUGACAAACAGGACUACAGGGCAGGCAAACAUAGUUGGUGACGCAGCAGUGGCGAGUGCUAAUGAACUGGGACAGAACACUGUGGAAGGAGUGGAGAACGUGGCUGCAUCAACCGGCAUGGUGAAUCCAGCGGACUUCUCCCAGGGCGGGAUGGAGGGUGGAGAUGGUGGGCAGGGUUAUUAAACCUGGUGUCAGAAACAACACCCUUUCUCUUCCUCAGCUCCGUCAGUUUCUUCACACCCGUUCCCUCAUCCCAGCAACACUUCACACAUCUCUGAGGGUUUUUUUUUUAUAUUUUUAUUUAUUUUUUUUUAAAUUGUGACAGGAUAUGGAAAACCAAGUGUUAGUGUCGUCAUGCUGUUUUCCUGGUAUUGUCACGCCUUGACUUUGUUACGAAUCUCAUACACAAGCGAUGUUCAUUUAAACGGCAAACAAGACGAGGAGCUCAUGCUUGGCUAUGUGUAGUUGUGUGAAAAUUAUUGUGGUGCGUUUUGACUCCCAAAAUGUGAUUUAACCUUCAUCUAGGCAGUCUAAUUGAACAAACAACACAAUUUAUAGUAUCAUAUCUUUCUUAUGCGCAGUUUAAACAAGUAAGAUCAGUGGUGUGAACCUGUAAAUUUAUGAUGUGAGUGAAGGAUGGUCAAUGUUUUGUGAGGCAUUUUCAAAACAUCCAUUAGAGCAUGUAAUAAUCAAUGUUGCGUCUCUGUAAUUGAUGAAUGCAGUCAUAUAUGGAGUUGUUUUGCUACUGUGUGAGGUGUGUACACUCAGAUUCAUUACAUUCCUUAUCUCAGACUGGGUGACAGAAUCGAUGUGUGCUUGAUCACUAAUAGUAGAUUUAAUAUAUAUAGAAUUCUGUAAAGAAAUAAAUGGAUAUUUAUCCACAUUUCAACACUA